UAUAAUAUUAUACUUUGGUAAAUUAUAUAUAAAUUCCUAUAAUUUUCAACUGUAAGAGACGGAAUGUGAAAAAAAAAUGGGACAAUAAUUUAUUUGUAGAUUAUGGUGGAAAUUAUUUGGCCAACAAUAACAAAAAUUCAAUUCAAUGAUUAGUAAUAUUACAUUUUUUUCGUUGGCAAUUACAGAAGUCAAACAUUUAUUUGAAUUCCCUUCACAAAUUUUCUAUUGGGUUGAGGUGAGGUCUAGAGACUGGCUAGGUCACUCCAGGUUGUGAUUGGGAGUAUUGUCUUGGUGGAAGACCAAGCCACAUUUUAUCGUUACAGUGGGGAGUGUGUUCUUGUGAUGCAACUCAGCAUUCUUACUCUUCUUUGCGCUCCUAUUUUAAGGGCUGUCGAGGAGCCAGGGGACCAAAGGUAGAAUGCACGCGCACACUAACAACAACAUUGAAGAGUGUCCUAGAUGGUUAUACCUGGUGCUUGGGUCAAGCGGGUGUUAUGGGUGCAGAGGGAGCAGCAGGAAAAAGAGGGUCGACGGGACCGAGUGGGCCCCAGGGAGAGAAGGGCUACAGAGGCUGGAGGGGCCUCAAGGGGGAAACCGGAUCACCAUGCCUGAUGAUGGGAAGUACAGGGCAAACAGGAUUACGGGGGGAUAAAGGCUUCAAAGGAGACACAGGACCCAGAGGAGCUCCUGGUGAUCCAGGCAUUACAGGGAGGUGUGGUGAGAAGGGCGAUGGUGGCUUGUGGGGUGAGCCAGGACCUAACGGAAUGCAGGGCUCCAGAGGAGAGCCUGGUGGCAGAGGAAUCACGGGUUUGAAGGGGUCAACUGGGCCUACUGGAAAGAUGGGUUACCCUGGUUUGGUGGGAUUGCCUGGUUUGCCUGGAGAGCCAGGACUUCCCGGACAAGUGUAUGUUUUGGCAGGUCAGCAAGGGGAACCAGGAAGUCGAGGUCCUUCAGUCCCAUGUAGCUGUACCAGGGAUAGAACCCCGGAGUCAUUGCCGGAUCGAGUCCAGACGAUUUUCAUAGCAGAUGGAGACACAAUGAUGAGGAAGCUGCAAGGGGAGAAUGUGAUGGUUCUCCGGACCGACAAGCAGGCUCUCUACAUCUACAUCGAGGCUCAGUGGAUCGAUGUAUUGACGGAUCCCAUCCUGCCAAUUGCAAUUGAUAACAUCUCUUUAAAUGGGUUUUCUCUUUCUGUGCUGCUGCUCUUCGGAUCAAGAACCCAAAAAGUGAAAGCAUCCCCGCUUGAGUCCCCUCAAUACAUAUUUCCAACAUGCUCACUCCAUCACGCAAGAACCUCAUUCCAGCAUUUUAUCAUACUUGAAUAAACAAUUCCUGUUAA